AUGAAAACAUCUGUGACUCUUUGUUGCCGUCUUAUUCAGCGUUUUUUAAGGGCUCAAUAUUGGCGCUUUCCACGCCAGUUCUUUUCGCGUCGUUGUCAGCCAGCGCCACUCAUAUUUUCAUCUAUCUAUCUAUCUAUCUAUCUAUCUAUCUAUCUAUCUAUAUUAGUUUAUUCGUAUCUCUCUUCUAUUUAUAUCUAUCACCCAGACUGUUUCUCUGACGCAGUUUAUAUCUAUCUAUCUAUCUAUCUAUCUAUCUAUCUAGCUAUCUAUCUAUCUAUCAAUUCACAUCUAUCUAUCUAUAUAUCUAUCUUAUCUCUGUCAGUCUAUUUAUAUCUAUCUAUCACACGGUCCGUCUCUCUUACACAGUUUAUUCAUAUCUAUCUAUCUAUCUAUCUAUCUAUCUAUCUAUCUAUCUAUCUAUCUAUCUGCCAAUUCACAUAUAUCUAUCUAUCUAUCUAUCUAUCUAUCUAUCUAUCUAUCUAUCAAUUCACAUCUAUCUAUCUAUCUAUCUAUCUAUCUAUCUUAUUUAUUCAUAUCUAUCUAUCUAUCUAUCUAUCUAUCUAUCUAUCUAUCUAUCUAUCUAUCUAUCUCAGUUUGUUCAUAUCUAUCUAUCUAUCUAUCUGGCGGAUGAACAUUGCCAACAUUAGUCCUUGUGUUUAUGCCUCAGAUAUUCAUCGCUCUCUCUCGCUCUCUCUCUCUAUCUAUCUAUCUAACGCAGUCAUUUCAUAUCUAUCUAUCUAUCUAUCUCUUUCAGUCUGUUCAUUAUCUAUCGAUCUACAGCAUUCUUUUCAUCGCUCUGUCUCUUUAUCUAUCUAUCUAUCUAUCUAUCUAUCUAUCUAUCUAUCUAUCUAUCUAUCUAACGCAGUCUGUUCAUAUCUAUCUAUCUAUCUAUCUAUCUAUCUAUCUAUCUAUCUUUCUUUCUUUAUGAAAAAUUCCAAACGUCUAUACAUUGUUGUAUUUGUCCACAAGAUGCCUCCUUUUCUGAUGGCCUUCUAUCAAAAUAUCUUCUUGUUACACAUUUUCGUAUACCUGCAUCUCCGCCUGUCUACCAUUAUCAUAUCAUCUGAAGUUAUACUUGUUUUAAUAAAAAAAGUAUGUUUAUUUCUAUCUAUCUAUCGUCGUCUUUUCAUAUCUUUCUACCUAUCUAUUUAUGUCGGAGUGUUCUUUGUCUAUCUCUUUUUCUCUUUCAGAGUGUUCAUUAUCUAUCUAUCUAUCUAUCUAUCUAUCUAUCUAUCUAUCUAUCUAACAAGCGAGCUAGCUAGCUCUGUCGGUUCAUUAUCUAUUUUAGUCAUAUCUAUCUAUCUAUCUAUCUAUCUAUCUAUUAUUAGUGUUUAUUAUAAAGUUGUUUUUUUUUAUAUAUAUAUUAGCCUCCCAUUUGCGACACCGCAGCUGCACCACUUGGCUGGAUAUUCUGAACUUUAG